UGUGGCUCGGGGGAUCUAGCCGAGCAGCGGGGGGUAAAACGCCGCCGCAUGCGCGCUCGCUUUCAGCAAAACACGGCGGACGGCAGCGGGACGGCGGAGGGACGCUUCGCCGGGGGAGCGGAGCGCUUUAGCGGGGAAAAGCGAGGCUCGGGACGGCGGGAGGAGCGGGACAGCCCGCCGCUCAGCAUGAAGCGGACGGCCGCGGCGGCCAGGCACAAUGGCCUCGUCUCUCCGCUGGGGAACAACAACUCCGGGGCUUCCAGAAUCCUCCCCAAGCUGCUGCCCCGGCCCGCCGCGCCGCCCGGCGCCGAGCCCGGCUCCGGCGGGGGGAUGGACGGCCUGCUGGAUUUCUCCAGAGGCCCCGUCGUCAAGACGGAGCUGGUGUGCCGAUGGACGGACCGGGGCGCCCCCAGACCGCGGCUGGGGCGGCCGGCCGCCGCCGUCUGCGAGCAAACUUUCGGCUCCAUGCCGGAGCUCGUGGACCACGUCACCACCGAGCACGUCGCGGCGGGGCUCGAGAGCCUCAGUCACGUCUGCAUGUGGGACGAGUGUCUGCGCGGCGGGAAGGCGUUCAAAGCCAAAUACAAACUCAUCAACCACAUCAGGGUGCACACCGGGGAGAAGCCCUUCUCCUGCGCCUUCCCCAACUGCGGCAAGAUGUUCGCCCGCUCCGAGAACCUCAAGAUACACACGCGCACGCACACCGGUGAGAAGCCGUUCCAGUGCGAGUUCUGCGAGCGGCGCUUCGCCAACAGCAGCGACCGGAAGAAGCACUCGCAGGUCCACACGGCGUCCAAGCCCUACGACUGCAAGGCCCUGGGCUGCACCAAGUCCUACACACACCCCAGCUCCCUGCGCAAACACAUGAAGGUCCACGUCAAGUCGUCGCCCGCCUCCGAGCCCCCGGACCCGUACGACGCCGUCCCCCACCAGCCCCACCAGGCCGUCCUCGAGCCCCUCGACCUCAAGAUGAACCGCCGCUCGCCCUCGCUGGCCGACAGGAGCGUCCACUUCCCCCUCCUGUCCGCCUGCCAGCUGGACUUCAGCUCGGGCGAGGAGGAGGACAGCAAGCCGCUGCUGCGCAGCUCGUCCCCGGCCGCCGUGCCCCUGGACCUGUCGCUGUCCGGCCUGAAGAGCGAGCUGGACCAGCAGCAGGGCGGCCGGGCGCCGCGCCGCGGCCAGCGCUCCGUCAACCCCGCCUUACCUCAGCUGUCUAACAUUAAGGAGUGGUACGUCUGCACCAGGACUACAGCGCCACACUUCCCCCUCCUCCACCCCGACCACAUCAAAUCAGAACCCAGCGACGAGGACGAGUACGUCACGUAGGGCGGAGCCCGGGCCGGGUCGGGCCGGAACCAGCAGCUGCAACACGCACUCCUCACACGCCGCAGUCACAGGCAGACUGGCCGUCCAGUGGAAGUCAGAGGUUCACACACACACACAUACAUGCACACACACACACUCCCUCCUGAGCUGGCUGACACACUGCAGUUCGCGGCUCCACCUCUUCUUUCUGUUAUUUUCCCUCCAGCAGUCGGUGACGGUUUUAAAGCAUCAGGUCUGUUCGUCUACAGGUCGUCUGUAUUUGGAUUUAAAAUAUUGUAAAAUGACUUAUUUUUUGUACAUAAACUGAAGCUGAAUGGUCCUCACACACGUGAGGUUCUGGUUCAGUAGAAUAUUGUUGCUCUGAAACGGUCAUUUCCUGUGUUUCUGACACAUCUGGGGGUUUCGGGCUCAUUGUUCCUCUAGUUUGAUGCUUCAGUUUCCACCUGGUCAGAAGUUUCCAUACUCUGAGGCGGGGCUCGAUGGGCGGAGACAGACAGCGUUUUCCUGGAAAAAGCUUUGUUUAUAGAUAAAGUGAUACUUUAUGAACCCGGGGAAAAAUAAACAACAGCCCACAUGCAACAACUGACCAACAAAAAACACAAAACAGGCCGGUACGUAACCAGAUUAACAGUAAGGGUUGGCACUUAGAACACUUCUAGGUUUAAAUUCUGUAGAAAUGCUGUUGGGUCUCCAACGUUGUCUGCUCCACACUGCCCCCACUGGGCGUCAGAGGUAUUAAACACUGCCCCCACAGGGCAUCAGGGGUAUUGAUCUGUUUAGAGUGAAAACACAAGCAUCAGGAGGAAGACUGCUGGCUCGUCAGGCUGGAGGGUAAAUCCUUUGAAAAUGUGGAAGCUUUUUAGAAACAACCCAACCAAACGGUGCAUGCAGACUUCUGACCCUGUGGAGCCUUCCUCUGGAGGCGGUCUCAUGUCCCCCCCCCCCACCCUCUCUGUGGAGCACAGAGUUGUGUUCGGUGUUGUGUGUGUGUAAACCUCUGACUUCAGCUGUGAGUGUGGACCAAAAGCAGUGACUGUCACCACGGACCCCCCCCCCCCCCCCCCCCCCCCCCCAGACACCGGGACCCUCCAGACCACAGUACCCCCCAAAAAACAGGGACCAACUGGACACCAACUGGAUCUCCCGGACCCCAGGUUCCCACCCUGGAUACCGGAAUCCCCCUGAACACCGGGACCUGCAGUACCCCCCCGCCCCCGCCACCGGGGGUGGGACAAGCGGUUGUCGGUUCUGCAUUGUUUUGAAGAUCAACGAGGUGUGUGUACGUGAGGAACGUCUCCAGUCAAGUCAGGGUGCGUUCAGACAGCCGGGAAAAGAGAACGUUCUCCUUUUCUACCAUCAACAAGUGUUUACAACCCGGCAGGAAACCAAGAGCGGGCCAGGAAAUGCACCGUGGCACGUGUUUGUUCGUCCAAGCGAACGAAGGGUGGCUUUCAAAAGUUUCUCCGGGAAUUCUCAUCCACAGCAGGAAGGUUUGACUCCUCUUUACACUGCCGGGUAGAGCUGAGGUCCAGAGGUUGAGGUUAGUUCAUCAGGAGCUCGGUAAGAUGUGAAGGAGAGGGUUUCAGCAGGACUCUGACAGAUUAACAAUGAAAACACAUUGUUUCUAUCAGAAAAAUCCAGCCUCAUAUUCCCACAGCAGUAAGAUAUGCUCUUUUUUUAUUAACUGCCCCCCUAAAACACAGAACAUUAGUAGAGCAGGCUGUCCUCACGUCACAAAGCUGCCGGUUCAAAUCCCACUUUGAGCCAAAAACUAUCGAUCCCUCUCCCAGCUGCUGGUUCGCACCAUCGUGGCUCCUCCUGGAUGAUUCAAGGGCUAAAUCAGCGCAGACGUCAGUGGGUUGAGCAGCAGCUCGUCAGGAGUUUUUCCACUAACCCCUCCGGGACUCCACUCGGCUUGUAGGCUUUUCCAUUCCGGUACCAGGUAGUUCUGUAGUACCUGCUCUUCCCCGAGUGGUCGGCAGACUGGCGGCCACUGAUUGGCCCCGGGCGCCACGUCGCUUGAUGAGUCGGGACAGUGACUUGUUCAUAAGAGCCAACACCAUGAUUUUUAAAGCACCAUCGGAACAAGAACGAUUAGGAUCAGAGACGGAUGAUGAGAGGAGUCAGUGGGAGCUAGAUGGAGCGUUGACAACUCCACCCGUGACGAGGUGGUGCUCUAUUCGAACUGAAAACAACUGCAACCGAGUUGAGUGGUGCAAGGAUCAAAGUCGAGUGGUGCUAGGAUCGUGUCGAGUCGAGUCAAGUGGUGCUAGGACCAUGUAAUGGAAAACAACCUGAACCGAGUCGAGUGGAGCUAGGACUGUGUUGAGUCGAGUAGUGCUAGGACCGAAGUCAAGUUGAGUGGUGCUAGGACCGUGUCAUGGAAAACAACUGCAAUUGAGUCGAGUGGAGCUCGGACCGAAGUCAAGUCGAGUGGUGCUAGGACCAUGAAAUGGAAAACAACCUGAACCGAGUUGAGUGGAGCUAGGACCGAAGUCAAGUUGAGUGGUGCUCGGACUAUGAAAUGGAAAACAACCUGAACCGAGUUGAGUGAUGCUAGGAUCAUGAAAUGGAAAACAAGCGGAACCGAGUCGAGUGGUGCUAGGACUGUGUUGAAUCGAGUGGUGCUAGGACUGAAGUCAAGUCGAGUGGUGCUAGGACCGUGCCAUGGAAAACAACCUGAACCGAGUUGAGUGGAGCUAGGACCAUGAAAUGGAAAACAAGCGGAACCGAGUCGAGUGGAGCUAGGACUGUGUUGAGUCGAGUAGUGCUAGGACCGAAGUCAAGUUGAGUGGUGCUAGGACCGUGUCAUGGAAAACAACCGCAACUGAGUCGAGUGGAGCUCGGACCGAAGUCAAGUCGAGUGGUGCUAGGACCAUGAAAUGGAAAACAACCUGAACCGAGUUGAGUGGAGCUAGGACCGAAGUCAAGUCGAGUGGUGCUAGGACUAUGAAAUGGAAAACAACCUGAACCGAGUCGAGUGGUGCUAGGACUGUGUUGAGUCGAGUGGUGCUAGGACCGAAGUCAAGUCGAGUGGUGCUAGGACCGUGCCAUGGAAAAGCGCCAUUAGUGUUGAUCUUAAGGAGUCUGAGGAAGCUUCAGACCAGGGGGACAGGGUUUCCUGAGCUGUCUGGCACUCUGAUCAGGACUUUGCUGGAAGCAGACGGAGGCCUUCACUCACUUGUUGAUGGUGCUAAGAGGCUGUGAGGUCUGAGGAGAGACGGUCCAACACUUCUUGAUGUACAUCAAGUGGCUCCUCAGUGUCUUGGAAGGACCUGGACUGAUUUCAGGUUUUCCUGAUUUCCCACAUGUAUUAACGGUGCGUUGAAGAGAUCUAAUAUUUGAAUCCAGACUGGAUGGAUGACUGGAGGGGGGAGAACGGAGGGAAGACUUGAAGAGAACAUGUGAAACGGUGAAAAGUGGAUCGGACGCUGGUUUGAAGAAGCCUGUCGGGGAUUGUUUCUACCUGCUUGGUUUGUUCUGUUUUCUGGGUUCCUCUAAAUGUAAACGAUGUCUUUUCUAUGUCACUUCUUAUCCAGGAUGUAUGGGCGGACUUUAGGAGAUUCCUUCCAGUCUUUUUCUUCACUGUGUUUCCAGGAUUUGAACGUCAUCAACACAUUUUUUUACAGAGACAAUGGGGAAAAAAACAAAAACAAAACAAAAAACCAUUGAAGGAAAGUUGUUGUUUUCCCCUCUGAGCCAGGGGUGUCAAACUCUACCCUAGCUUCAGGGCCGUGUACAGUCCAGUCCCACACCCAGUGGCUCAACCAGUCGUCUGGAAUUACAUCUGUGGGUAAAAAUGGAGGAAGACAUUAUGGUUUAAGUCUGCAAUUGAUUACAUUUUUCUGAACGUCCAGCAGGUGAAAAAUUUGAAAGGAAAAAAAGUUCUAACAUUGGAUUUGAUCAAAUUCCAGGAGAAAACCUGAGCCGUCCCUGUGCUCGUCCAGCACUCCCUCUCCAGACUGAAGCUCCCGCACCGAGUCAAGCAGGUGCUUCAACUAGCAAGUUUACACUCUGUGACGAGCCCACCCAGGCCCCGAGCCGCAUGUUUGACGCCCCUGCUCUCAACCUUUGGUUUUCAAAGUGUGGGACCGCCACUCGGGGGCGCCAAAGAGCUUCGGGAGAGAUGACUGUACUUUCCCCUUUUAAUGUGGAAACAAAGAAAACUUAUUGUAAUUAUUCCCCGUUUCAGAAGAGUGUAGUAAAGACAUGGGGGGGGGGGGGGGGGGGGGGGGGGGUCUGACGGGGUCUCUGGGAGGCCCCUCCUCCCACACUUUGAAAACCUUUGCUCAGAUAUAAAAUUUGUGCUUGUGAGUUUCUUACGCAGCCGAACUAACAUGAUGAGGAAGAGCGGUCCAUGUGUGACCGAAGGAGCAGACGCCAGGCCUUCCUGUUCUAAGAAACUCCAGACUGGAGGGUCGAUCGGCUCGUGUUGAACAGUUCCACCAUCCUCUGGUUCUCACAGUUUCAGGAAGCUGAAGAAGUGACUGCUGCUGUUUGGCUGUUUCUUCUACUGUCCAGAUCCAGAUCCAGUGUCUCCACUCACUCCUGUUGACGCUCCAACAGGAGGAUUAUCGUUGUUUCCACUGAGAACUCAGCAGAAUUAAUGACCACAGCUUUCACCCACUAACGUGUCCGCUGGC